GACCUGCUUAUCCUGGCAUGGCAAACGUGGCCCAGUGGCCUCUCAUCGGGGAGUCAGGCGUGGACAGUUUCACGGGGCUGCUCCAUAGAGAGCAAAGGACACGGAUUCUGUGUGUUCAUUGCUAAGCUUUCAAAGCAGGAACUCCCCCUCCAAAGCAGAAGAGUGGGUUUUUUUCUUCUUCUUUUGUGGUUUCACAGAGAAAAUGAGUGACAACCUCUAGUUGUAGGCGCAGCAAGACGUCAGACACUGGGGAGGGCAUGUGGCCUGGGUUUCUGUCCACCCCUUUCUUCAGCCCUUUUAUUCUGCUCUUAUCCUGCCUUCCAGAAGCUCAGGCUGUAGGGAGACUCUUUGCUACAAUUUCCCACGUGUGAUCAGAUAGCUGCACAGAAUCCGCUUUCUGAGAGCCAACUGGAGGCAUGCGGUGACAUUGCAUAACCGGCCUCUGCCGCUGCCAAAGCUGGAGAGAGCAGCCGACCAGCUCCGAGACACUCUCACAUCCCUGACAUGCGAGGGACCGGCAUUAUGGAUGGGGCGUCCAAGACGCUGCUGGCCAGAGCCCUCUAUGACAACCACCCUGACUGCUUGGACGAGUUGGCCUUCUGCAGAGGGGACAUCUUGACCAUUCUGGAGCAGAACGUGCCAGAAAGUGAGGGCUGGUGGAAGUGCCUGCUCCAUGGGAAGCAAGGCCUGGCUCCUGCCAACCGCUUGCAAAUCCUCCUGGAGACCCCAGCAGACCUGCCCUACUCUCCAGCCCUGAGGGGCCCAGAAAAAGCCCCAGAAGAGGCCUCCCAGGUGCCUGCCCUGCUCCACCCUCCACCCGCAGGAUCCGUAUAUGAGCAGAUGAAGGGCUGGGUGGAGGGGCCCCUGCUACUCUCAGACCAAGUGUAUGAAUUUCCUGACCCACCUGCAAGUGCCAGAAUCAUCUGCGAGAAGACUCUAACCUUCCCAAGACAGGCCCUCGUCUCGCUUCCCAGACCCACGCGAGCCUCCUUGCCAACGCUGCCUACACAGGUGUACGACGUGCCUGCCCAGAGCCGUGUCCUCUCUGUUGACAAGGAGCCGGAGAAGCAGCCAUUGUACGACAUACCAUCCAGACCCCACAAGGCAGGACCGUGCCAACCGACCAGCCAUGCCAAUGAGCCCCUGACGCCAGUGGUGGCUGUAAAGAACAGUGGCUACCACUCGCUGCCAAGCCCUCAGAAGUCAGAGUGGAUUUACAAGACUCCACUGUCUCCGGGAAAGGCCAGUGUCAGAAGCUCAGCACUGAGGAGCCUGGCGGAAGAGACAGGAUCUCCCGCAGCCCCCAGUCCUGGCUCUGCUGACUCCAGCCCUCCAGGCAUCAGAGCCAGGUCCCUGCCUGCCCAGCCAUCCAGCAGCGUGCCCACCAAGAAGAAGCUUAGCCUGCCGGAAGUCACCUCUCACCACGUCCUGGUGCUCAGAGCCACAUUGCCUGCUGAUGAAAGUGUUGGCCACAAGUUGCCUUCCAGUUUUCUGGGCACCCGAGGGGAGCUGCGGAACACCAAGCCCAACAUUUAUGACAUCCCCAAAGCAACGCUGAGUGUCCGUCAGGCUGAGACAGAGCCAAGGAAGGCCGAGGAGGCUGUGGAGCCUUCCCUCAAGGCCGCCUGCUUCUCCAGGUGGCACAGGUCUCCAUCCCCCGAGACAGACACACACUCCAUCUCCAGCUCCGACAGCAGAGCCAGCGUCCUGUCGUCUUGUUCCUCCAUGUCCACUGACUCCUCCUCAGAGGAAUCAGCCAGGGAGCUGACCUUGGACCUGGACUGGGCCAGGGAGAUGGUGAUGGCCCUGCAGCACAAGGUGGUGAGCUCUGCAGCGGGCCUGAUGUUGUUCGUGAGCAGGAAGUGGAGGUCCAGAGACUACAUGGAGGCCAACAUCAAUGCCAUCCACAGGGCGGCUGACCAUACAGAGGCAUCUUUGAGAGAAUUCCUGGAUUUCGCCCGAGGCAUCUGCGGGACAGCCUGCAGCCUCACAGAUAGCAACCUUCACGCCAGAAUUCGGGACCAGCUCCACACAAUCUCCAGGUCUUACCAGACCCUGCUAGAAACCAAGGCAAGCCUGGACAGCUGCGGCUGGUCCCUAGAAGUGCUUGUAACAGACCAAGUUCAAAAUAACCCAGAUGACCUGGAGAGAUUUGUCAUGGUGGCACGGAUGGUUCCAGAAGACAUCAAGAGGUUUGCCUCCAUGGUCAUUGCCAAUGGGAAGCUCCUUUUUAAGAAUUGUCGGAAGGCAGAGGCCUCUCACUUGAGCCCAAAUGCAGAUUUGAAAUGUGAAGAGUGCAUUCGGCUUCCCCAGGGAGAAAUGGAGUCCUGCCCGCAGAGUACUCCUUGUGAUGAGCCAAGAGAGAGCCAUCACCGCCCUGCACUGUUGAACAGCAGCAGUGCCUGUGGGCAGAGUCCUGGCUCUCUUUGUCCCCACCCUCCGGUCGAGCAGAACCCCCGGAAGAAGCUCCAGCUCUCUGAACACUGCCGGCUGUAUUUUGGGGCGCUCUUCAAGGCCCUGAGUGUGUUCCACAGCAGCCUCAGCCACAGCCCCCCGCCCGAGACUUUCAUCACGCAGAGCAAGCUCAUCGUCCUGGCGGGGCAGAAGCUGGUGGACACGCUGUGCAGGGAGACUCAGGAGAAGGACGUACGCAAUGAGGUGCUGUGCAGCAGCAGCCACCUGUGCGGCCUGCUCAAGGACCUGGCGCUGGCCACCAAGAACGCCGUGCUCAAGUACCCGAGCCCUGCCGCCCUGGGCCAGCUCCGGGCCGAGGCCGAGAGGCUGGAGCAGCACACGCGGCUCUUCAGAGGAACUCUGGAAUGACCCCUUCCUCCGCGCCAUUCUGUCCUGGGGAAAUCCUAGCCAGAGCUACAAGAGAUGUGCUGACAGCCAGCACGAAAAGGCUGAGCAACCUCAGGACGCUGGCUCACCCCAUGGGGGUAUCAGUACGGAGACUCAAGCAUAAAUAAAGACCUUGUAAACUGAGCACGCCGUGUGGGGUAUGCAGGGCUGGGGUUUGAGGAGGUCACAGGAAGUGUU